AUGGCGAACAAGGAAUCCGCCAAAGGCGGUACAGUGACCUCGACGAAUCCAACAAUGGAAAAGAUCAAGACAAAACCAGAUGAACCAAUUUCAAUCACGACUUUGAAUUUGACAAAUGAUUCAUUACCUGUCGUCAUGGUCAAUAAUGCCAAUUUGGGUGAAAUCAAAUCCGCUUUAGAUGAUAUAGUGAAAAGCCAUCUUCAAAAUCAAUCAUUCACUCCUUCAUUACUACAUCCAACAGUUCAUCUAUCACUAGGAUAUUCUUCAGUUAUCAUAGCACUUUCAUCAGUCCUUUAUUCAUAUAAAGUUGAAUUCGAAAAUUCAAAAUCUAUCUUAUGGAUAGCAGUGAUCAUUUAUACGAUCUUACAAAUCACGUUGUGGGGUUGGAAAAGAUGGGUCGAGAAAGGUGAAGUAUUCAAAGGUAAAAGAAGAAGAAUGGUUAAAAGGAUCGAAACUGAUCAUAUACAAAUCAUAUCAUCAACGUCAUUAUCAUCUCCACCUAUACCACAAAUAUCAUUUUCACCACAUACGAGACCUUCAUCACCUACUUCAAUCCCAACUUCACCUAACCAAUCUUAUUCUUCAUCAUUCUCGAACUCACCUACCAUACCUUCUACUCCUUCAUCGACUCUACUAACCCCUCAAACUUCCAACUCCGGUACGAAUCUGAUUUCGUCUACAACCACCACUACAUCUACAUCUACAUCUACAUCUACGGGUGAAGGACCAAGUUAUAUACUUCAAUUAAACCUAUCAACCACCUCGAAUAACGGUAAAUCCCUUAUACAUAAAUCACGUUCCGUAGUGGGUAAAUCAGUAGGAGAAUUUAUCGAUCAACAAGGUGGCGUAGAAUCUGGUGAGGUGAACAGAUGGUUAUUAACCGUUUUAGGUGAAGCGGGUUUAGUAGGUUCAGAAGAAAUUGAAGGUUCCAAAGAAGAAUGA